AUGCCUCGUUUUGCAAUCCGAACAGUUUGCAAUUUAUUGGAUAGUGAAAUAGUCAAAAUUAGGAAUAAGGAGGAGGCACAUACAGCUUAUGGACUUGCUGGUGGGAAGUCGUUCUGGCUUGGAUUGAGAAGAGGAAAGAGGGAUUGGUAUUGGGAUACUAGUACCUAUGGAACUCGAGCACAUUUUUUCUUUUGGCGUACAGGACAACCGGAUAUAACAGACAACAAAAAUUGUGUUUACGCAGCUUACGCAGGAGAGUGGAUGACUGCUGACUGUGAUAACUUCCGCUCACCGAAAAUGUUUGUAUGUCAGAGCCCUUCAUACAAGAACUAG